CUAACGACACACCCAUCCUCCAGGCCGUGCCUCCUGACGGUGGAGUGGCCAAUCCUGAGUGUUAACCGUUAGUGUCGGUUGGAGUCUCGGUAGAGAGAGGCGAGAGCAGUGGCGGCUGCUGGGAACCCUCGGUUGCAGAAAGUUGAGCACGAGGGAACAAUCAUGGGAGACGUAGAAGGCACAUAUCGCGUGUUGCAGACUCCAGGAGCCCGGCUAGGUGCACAGAGAAGCACCGGGAUUAGCACACUAGAGCCAGGACAGAACCUCAGCACAGCUCUGUCGUCCUCACAUCCCAAAUCCUCAAAUCAAGACUUGCGCUCGUCUGUGUUGCUUCUGGAUGGAACAGAGCUUCCUGUGGAAAUGGGGCCAAAGACCACGGGCCAAGCCCUGCUGAGCCAACUCUUCACGAAUCUGAAUGUGGUGGAGACAGACUAUUUUGGCAUUGAGUUCCAGACCGCACAGUCACAGUGGGUGUGGUUGGAGCCGCUGAAAUUUGUGUGCAAGCAGCUGCGCAAACCGAAAAAUGCCAAGUUACGUCUGGCUGUAAAGUUUUUCCCCCCUGAUCCGGGUCAGCUGCAGGAGGAAUACACAAGGUAUCUUUUUGCUAUGCAGAUAAAGAGGGACCUGGCAGAGGAGAGGUUAAUAUGCAGUGAUAACACAACGGCGCUGCUGAUCUCUCUGCUGUUACAGUCCGAGGUUGGGGAUUAUGAUCAGAAAGGAGACCAAGAGCACCUGAAGAACACCCAGUACUUACAGCGGCAGCACAGCCUGGAGGAACGGAUACUGCAGUUCCACAGUGAGCACCUCGGUAUGUCUCCUGCUGAUGCAGAUUUUCAGAUCCUGGAGAUUUCAAGACGAUUAGAUCUGUACGGAACCCGUUUCCAUCUAGCAUCUGACCGGGAAGGUGCCAAAAUAAAUUUAUCCGUGUCACAUAUGGGAGUUCUGGUUUUUCAGGGUAACACCAAGAUUAAUACAUUUAACUGGUCGAAGAUCCGUAAGCUGAGCUUUAAGAGACGCCGCUUCCUUAUAAAGCUGCACCCGGAGGUUCAUGGUCCUUACCAAGAUGCUCUGGAAUUCCUUCUUCCCAGUCGGGAUAUGUGUAAGAGGUUUUGGAAGAUCUGUGUUGAAUAUCACAGCUUCUUCCGUCUCCAAGAUCAGCCUAAACCCAAAUCCAGGCCAGUUCUUUUAAGUCGCGGAUCCUCUUUUCGGUACAGUGGACGAACACAAAAACAACUGAUAGACUACGUACGGGACACCAGCGUGAAAAAACCACUGCAUGAUAGGAGACACAGCAAACCCAGAGUGUCCCCUUGCACUGCGAUCCCUGACUCUCCAAAGCAGAUCAUCUCUCUCACUGAGAGUAUGAGGACCCCUACUUUACCUUCUCCUUUUAUCUUACCCACCCAACCUGUUUCUAACCCUCCCACCUCCCACCAGAAAAGCAUUCCCAGAAAUGAAAAUAUGUCAACAUCUCAUUGGCAAGAGGAACCUGCCAGAGGAGCUCCUGAGAAUGCAGCACCUCCGGGGCACUCCUCAUUACAAGGUCUCUCCUUCCACCCUACCCUUUCCUUACAAAGUAGACAUGACCCAGUAGAUAACCUGGAUAGUGGUAAUGUACACCAGGAUGAGGAUGUGAGGUUGUGGGUAACGGGUGUUUCUGAUUCACUUCUCCUGAGUGAAGAGUUUAUAGAUGAUGAUCCAGCUGACAUCUCCUUUAGUGGAGGAGCAGAGCUGUACACUUAUGGUGGGAGAGUGGAGCCACCUGACCAUGAGGACCUCUCGCCAGAAGAAUAUUAUCUAGAUGAUGUGGAUUCAAGAGAUUUCAAUGGCAAUACAAGAGUAACGGAUGCCAGUGAGUUAUUUGAAGUGAAGGCUCAGGCUAGCCUCAUGCAGAGUCUUCUGAGCCCAUCGGAUAAUGGCUCCCUCCUCAACCACCGCUCUGAAAGCAGCUCUCUACGUCACCACCGCUCUGAAAGCAGUUCUCUCACAAACCUCAAUGGAAUUCCAAGCUUUUCUCGCUCUGCCAACCACUCCACUGCCAGCUCAAUGAUCAACUUCCCCGCCUACUCAGUGCGCUCAGAAUCCAGCUCUGCUUUCCAGUUUGGGGAUAUCCUGGACCAGCUGGAACAGCUCAGCUACCCACCCACAACCACAGAGGACUCCAGCAGCUCUGAGGGCGACUCUUGGGAUUCUGAGGAAGAGACCCCACUUGACAUGAACUUAUUUUUCAGCAAUCCACUGACACAAUAUGCUAAUUUAAACCAGUUUGGGCUGCAGGAUAAGAAGGGACCGCCUGAUAUCUGCUGUCACUUGUCUCCAGUAACUCUCAGGGUGUCCUCUAACUCCCAGCCUGGCAGCUCCCCCUUGCUGAGCCCAACAUUAAGUGACAUUGGUAGUUCCAGGACAGACGAAGGAGAAGAAUCUUUGGAGAAUAAGAUGGACGAGACCUAUUACAUCACUAAAGAAAUACUGAGCACAGAAACCUCUCAUCUGAAGGACAUUGAGGUCAUAACUGUGUGCCUGCUCAGAGCUCUUAAUAAGGGUGGGGAUCUGCAGGGAACAUUGGAGCAGCAGAUGAAAUCGCUGUUCUCUUGCAUGGAACCUAUACAGCAAUUUCACCAGGAUUUUUUGCAGCAGCUUGAGGAUGUCCUAAAUCUAUGGGAAGGACGAUCUGCACAUGCCAAGGACAUGCAAAUACUUGGAGACUUCAUGUUAAGGAAUAUGACCGCCUUAAGGGCCCUGCUACCAUCUCUGCAUCAGCUAGAAGAAGUGUUCCUGGAGAUGCAAAGGAAGUCUUCUGGGCAGCAGGAGGUGGAUAUUCUGCUGCAGGAAUUUGAGCAACAAAGAGUGUGUUACCUGCCACUCAGCUGCCUUCUGCUAAAGCCUUUACAGCGCCCCCUGCAGUAUGAGAAACUGCUGGAGAGGUUGUGUCGCCAUUAUCCACCUUUACACCAUGAUUAUAACAACUGCCAAAGGGCAUUAGGAGAAGCCAGUGCAGUGAGUUCUCGGCUUCGGCACCGCCUGCUGCACCUGCAGAACUUACAGAGAUUAGACCAGCUGGAGAGAGACUUGUUGGGCGGAGACCACCUUGCAUCCCCGGGCCGUGAGUUCAUCCGAGAGGGCUGUCUGUACAAACUAACCAAGAAUGGCCUGCAGCAGCGCAUGUUCUACCUUUUCUCAGAUAUGUUGCUAUACACACGAAAGGGGCUGAGCUGCGCCAACCAGUUUCGAGUCCAUGGUCGCCUUCCUCUACAUGGGAUGCUGCUGAUGGUGCUGGAUCCUCCAGCUGAGGACAGUCACAGUUCUGUCCCACAUUGCUUUACUAUCUACACUGCACAGACAACAAUAGGAGUGGCUGCCAGCUCUCAGGUGGACAUGAGGUGCUGGCUGGAUGAUCUGAAUGCAGCUAUUAGCCGGGCUCCGAGAUACAGUGAACUAUCUGCCCUUUCACUACAGCAGCCAAUGCUACCGUCUGCAGGACAGAAUCAUCGCCCAAACACGCUCAGUCACGUAUGUUGGUAUCGAAACCAGAGUGUGUCUCUGAGUGAUCACAUCACAAUGAUGGAGAAUCAGCUCUCUGGAUAUUUGCUCCGCAAGUUUAAGAACAGCAACGGCUGGCAGCGACUAUGGGUGAUCUUCACCAACUUCUGCCUUUUCUUUUACAAAACACACCAGGAAGAUGCUCCGCUGGCCUCUCUGCCCUUACUGGGAUAUACAGUAAGUGUCCCAUCCUAUUUGGAUCCUGUCAGCUGUCGUCAUGUCUUCAAACUGCACUUUAAGUCACAUGUAUACUUCUUCAGAGCAGACAGCGAGUACAGCUGGAGACGUUGGAUGGAAGUGAUCAGACGCGGUGUGAGCUCUCCUGGGAAAAUUGGACACGUGGCAGAGGACGGAGGCACUGCUGAUUGACCACAUGAUGAAAGAUUGUGGAGGACAAGUAAGAAGACACUCAGACAUUUUCCUGAGGAUCCCUGUAGGCAUGUGUGUGCUUUCACGGUGGCCAAUUACAAGGAACUCUGCUCUGAAUGCAGUGGGUUCCCUGUCUGGUAGUUUCCUGCCAUUGUUUCAGUUCUAUUUCACCUCUAUCCUAUAAGCAUCUACCUGCGGAUAGGGAAAGACUGGUGUUCUCUCUGAAUUAAGGGAACAGUGUAACAUGAGGUAAAGACAUAGAACAAACCAUGCAACAUUUCACCGCCACCAGCCUCUAAUGAAGGACAGACAUUGCUAAUGGGACUAAUUCUAAUCCGCUGGAAGAAAACUCAGUGCUAGAGUGCUGCUAUUACAGCGAGCCUUGCUAUACAGUUAAACUGCAUAGUUCACUGCUCAGUAGAGGCAGCCUGUUUGUGGGCUCUAAUAAUAUACAAAUGCAGCUUAUCAAUGAACUAGGAACAUCAGGGUGCAGAGGGCCAGAUUCUGAUUUGGAAGUAAACAAAAAACAGAAAGCAAGUAGCUUUGUAUCUGUGGAACAAGCCAUGUUGCCAUGGAAGGGGAGCAAAUACAGUUUUAUGUUUUCUGUGCAGGGUACAUACUGGCUGCUUUUGCAUGUAGCCCACAAAUGCUGGACAGCUUUAUUUUUACACUGCAAUUUAGAAUUGGACACAUCCUACCCAAAUCUAAAUCUCUCUGCAUGUUACGUCUGCCCUACCCGCAGUGCAACAAGGUUUUGCCCUGGUGCACAGUUACUUGCUUUACUCAGGCCCAAAGUACUUGAGUGAAUGACAUUCUGUAGUUGUGACUAGUGAAUUGACUGCAUUUUCAGAAAUAUAUUUUCAGCCUACAAAAUUGCUCUCUGCCAUAGGUGAUAAUGUACUUUAAUAUUCACCUGUAGGCAAAGCAAUUGCCUCAUACAGAAAUGUCCACCAAGCCUUCUCUAUCUGCCAACAUGUCUCAUGACAACCAUCUAGGACAGGCAUGGCCAACCUGUGGCUCUC